AUGCUUCGCUGCACUGUUGUGGGACACCACAGGAGUGGCAAGGCCCGCGCAUUUGUGUUUCGCGACCCAUCACUUCGAAUGAUGCGGGCGGGAAGCGGUUAUCAACAGCUGCGGCGCAUGGGCAUGCCGAUGCAGGUAGGAAUGGGGUGGCGGAAGGUUGACAGCUUCCACGCCAAUACACAGUAUCAACAUGCCUGGCCCCUGCUUUCUCACGAUGAUUUGGGUAACAGCGACCAGUCAAAUAAUACAAAAAACAUUAUGUACUCUAUGUACAUGCCAAAACGUAAUAAGGGCACAGCUCCGUGGUUUCGCGGGGCGGAUACAUACAGUGUGAAGUAUUGUGAGCAAGGUCGUUAUGAGUACCAACGCUACCUAAUGAUUAACAGAUUUCCAAGUGAGUACAAGAAACACUUUUUGUCGUUUCUUUCCAAUAUUCGUAUGUCCUCGGGAUCGGCAACGAUUCCUCAGGAAGCUCUUCAUUGGCUUCUGCGAAUGAUCGUAGAUAACUUUAACCCGCAGCAUGUGCACUAUAUAGCGGCUAUGAAAACUCUUCAGAGUGCUGGUGAACUGGAUAUGGCGAGGGAUGUUUGGAAGAUUAUGGAACGGCAGCAAACGUGGCCCUGUACGGCAACUAUCUGCGCCUAUCUUGAUGUAUGCGUAGAAGCAGGCGAAAAAACGUGGGCAAUGGAGGCGUGGAAUCGAUACUGCACGGAAUUGAAGUUUCUGGAGCCCGGCGAGGUGGACCCAAAGCCCAUUUCUCGCGUGCCAUUUUCCCUCACCCGAGAAGAACUAUUGUACCUUCCGAAAUGGAAGAAACAUUUUGACCAUGACCCCAAUCUCGACGUCAUGGACCUCAACCGCUUCAACCGCACUCGUGAGGUUUACCUACGCAUGGCACAAGUGAUGCUGGCAGGUGGUGAGCGGAAUGCUUUUCAACAUUUCUUUACAAAAUUGGAGGAGGCAAUGCUAAAUAAACCUACACCAGUGCCGGAGCCACCUAAUCCGCAUCUUGUACGCCGACCGCGUUGGGCACCCUACGAACAUUGCAAGUCAGUGCAUCACUCACCGUGGCGCCUCCAGAACAAUGGUCGUGCAUUGGCGCUUGGUCCUUCCGUCACAAUCGAAGAUGAAAUGCAAAGUCGGUUCUUUUCUAACGAUCAAUUCUUGGUACAUUCAGUGAAGGAAGUCUUGCGUAUUGUGUUGCAAGAGCACAAACGGGCUCAUCCGACCGAAUGCACCCGUUGUAAAACUGAAGCGUUCUUUUACAAGACGAAGGAUGCCGAUGAAACACUUAAAUUCUGCGACGAUUUGAUUGAACGUCUGUUCGCUUCCUUGGGAGUGAGACUAUCCAAUUUGAAUACGUCCUCACUUCUUUCCACAAUUCUCGAAGUAUUUCGAGUUGUCGGUAAGGAGUCGGGUGCUGCGCUGCUGCAGCGCGCGAAUGAGUUUCUUGAACGCAAGGCAUCUUUGGGCGAUGCAGAAGGGUCAAGAGAGAACCUUACAGCAUCCAACUACUUACAAGUUCUUUCAGGUUUUGCGGAUGAAAGUGCUUUUGUGUACAACACAAAGAAGGAUGGAACAUGUCAGUACAAAACUGGCUUCGAUCCACGAACCACGAUGCGCCAUUUGGCCGAUGUGGUUCAAGAAAUAGCUGGCAACCCACACGUUACUUGGGCUGCUGAUAUGCACCUCCAGGUGGUUGAAACCAUGGUGGGUUGUGGUACCAUGAAGGCUAAUGAUUAUUUUGUACGAAAUGUACUCCGACAGUUUUCCUGGGAUAGCCGAUUCCUGGAAGUUUUGUACGUGGAGUACCGCCGCCAAGAUGAUGUUGACAUGUGGGCGGAGCUUACAAAGCGCGCACUAGUAUGGACAGCGCGUUACAACGCACCUGCCUCGGAGCGCCUUCGUCGCCUUAUAGAGGAUGACUAUGAUACUAUUCGGGUGCAAACCCGCACAUUCCGGGAACUUGCAGUCUUUCAAUUCCGUGACGUUGAAGAGCGCCGUCACUCGCGGGAUGUGGUGAAUGAACUGCCCAACCCAUGGUAUGACUACGUUGCGCAUGCUUUGCCAUUCCCUGACAGGGAUGCGGGCUAUCCGGAUGAGUACGGUGACCUUGGCCAGUGGCGAGCACCUGGAGGUCCGGGCUCCCCCGUGCGUGGUCCCGGUUACUACGCACCCCCAAUGGAAGGGGAACACCAACGAGGUUACACCGCGGAGUGGCGCGAUCUCCGCAAUCCGAUGCGUCCACCGGAGUUUCCCACACCGUGGGAAAGAAAAUACCGUCAGUACGCACGAGGCCAGCAUCCGUCGUACGAUAUGGUAUACGCUGGGCCCAUGCCUGAGAUAUUCCCAAUGCGCCGUGACUUCAGGAAGCCCACACGGUGGGAUUUCCACGACAUCGAGAAGCAAGGGAAGUACAGGACGAGUGGCCCCUAUUAA